AUGGCAGACAGAGAAGAUAGAUUGCGACUUGGACGACUUUCACAACAUGCAUCUGUGAGAUGCGAGCAGAGCCAGACCUCCGUUACCGAGGUCGAUACAGCUGAGACACAAUCUUCUACAUCACAUGCCCAGGACAUUCCCUCGACCUUGUAUCCUACCCCAUCAUCCACUUCUUCGUCCUGGAGGCAUCGAGAUUCAACUGUGGGUUCAUCACAAGCCUCGUCCUCCGACAGACCUCGUCGAGAUACUCCUGUUCCUCCUUCUGCCGAUGAUCCGGUGCCACCUCUAGAGGGUGAUAACCCACCACUGGAGGAUGCUGGUGACGACGAUGAUGAUGAGCCUGAGGAUUUCCCAAGGGGUCCCUCAGAUAUGUCCCUGUUGACAGGGUACGCUGACCAUACUGCCAGACAUGUCUGGGAUGGAGAGACUCGUCAACCGCAGAAGUUCUAUAACCACGGGGGAAAGAUAUCAUCUUUGGAGCAUCCAUAG